AUGUCGGGUGCAAGUGCUAGUAGUACCUCCCAAAGUCCUCCUUCUAUGGCCUCUAUAAGUGAUUUUAGUGCCCUAUUUCAAACUGCAAAAAAGUAUGAAGAACUCAAUGUAAUUGGAACAGGAGCCUAUGGCACAGUGUACAAAGCUAGAGACCUGCACAAUGGUGGUCAAAUUGUAGCCAUGAAGAAAGUGAAGGUGGCAUUGACUGAGGAUGGCAUACCUCUGUCCACACUAAGGGAGAUUGCAUUAUUAAGGCAACUAGAAGCAUACAGGCAUCCAAAUAUAGUUCGAUUGUUAGACGUUUGUCAUGGCGGGCAAUCAGUUGAACGAGACCACCAGUUAGUCUUAUUCCUGGUAUUUGAACAUGUCGAACAGGACCUGGAGUCUUAUCUUAAGAGAGCACCAGGACCUCUCUCGGAAAAUAGAAUAAGGAGCAUGUCGUAUGACAUCCUGUCGGGCGUGGACUUCCUUCACUCGCAUCGCAUCGUCCACCGCGAUCUGAAGCCGCACAACUUGCUGGUGACGUCAGCAGGCCGCGUCAAGCUCGCGGACUUCGGCCUCGCCAAGACCUACGACACCGAGAUGAAGCUCACCAGUGUUGUGGUGACGCUAUGGUACCGGCCACCAGAAGUGUUGCUGGGUGUGUCCUACAACACAGCGGUUGACGUGUGGUCGUGUGGCUGCGUGUUGGCGCAACUCCAUACGAGAUCACCUCUCUUGCCGGGCUCUUCUGACUCCGAUCAGCUGCAUUGUAUAUUUAGACUGAUAGGGCGGCCGCCACGGCACGAGUGGCCGGACAACGUGGCCAUCGUGGCCGACAGCUUCCCGGAGUACCCGCCGCGGGACCUGGCCUCAGUACUGCCUCGAGCACACCCACACGCACUUAACAUGAUCAAAGGCAUGCUAGUAUUCGAUCCAGCGAAACGUUUGACAGCGUUGGACUGUCUCGAGCAUCCGUACUUCACCGAGGAACCUCUCACGUAA